UGAUUCUUUAACAGAAUCUACAAAUUCAGAGGCGUUUUUAUUUCAUAACCCUUGGUCAAUUCCAGAAUUUACAGUUAUUCGACCUGUAACUCUUUCUCGAUCUUCACGUCCUUCACGGCCGAGACGUUUAUCGAACUCUUCAUUGAAUUCAUCAUAUCAUACAAUGGAACAACAAUCACCUACUAUCAUCUCAAGUCAAACUGCAUCACAUAAUCCAUAUAAUGCUAACUUUUAUGAUCCAUUAAAUUAUCAUCAAUAUCUCAUACAAAAUCAUUCUUCACGCGAAGCAUUUUGUUUUUUAUCAAGUCGUUCAUCUUAUUUAAAUGAAAAUGAAGUUAUUGAAGAUAAUAGCCUUCCCUCGGAAAGAAAUUCUAGUGAAAAUGAAUGUGAACAACAACAAAACCAACUAUGUGAAGAAUGUUAUUUAUGUUUGGAACCUUUGGAAUUAAGAGGGGGUAGAAUGAUUAUAAAUCCCGGUUGUGGUCAUUCAAUACAUAUGAAAUGUUACAUAGAAUAUACAAAAUAUUUUAAAGAACAAUGUACGCUUUGUAAAAGAGAUUUUGGCAAUUGA